UACAGAGUCCCCCUCGCUGGAGAUCAGGCAGUCUGCUCUGGCAGCAAGGCUAUUCUUUGCAGCCUUUGCUUCUUGGCCCUUCAUUCUCCAGGACCGCAGCCUGCUUAUCAUGCCCUCCCAUGGGGUGUCUGUUGCCCUGCUGCUUCUAGCCCAGGUGGGCUUUUCUGUGAGCCUUGAGGCUAUUCAGUGCCCUCCAUGCUCUGAGGAGAAGCUGGCACGCUGCAGGACACCCUCUGGAUGUGAGGAGCUGGUGCAGGAACCAGGCUGUGGAUGUUGUGCCACAUGUGCCUUAACAAAGGGGAUGCUCUGUGGGGUAUACACAUCUCGCUGUGGUUCAGGGCUGCGGUGUUACCCACCACGGGGAAUGGAAAAACCCUUGCACACACUCAUGCAUGGCCAAGGUGUUUGCAUGGACCUGUCUGAAGUCGAGGCGAUCCAAGAGAGCAUGCAGUCAACAGAGCAGGUAGAGAUUGAGCUCCCUCCCACCAACAACUUCAGCCCCUGCAACAUCCAUGACCGUAAAUGUCUGCAGAAACAACAAGCAAGAGCACGGGAACGAAUAAACAAUGGUGUCAAGAUGUGGAACCCCAUACCCCGGGAGGACAUCCGGCCACUGGUCCAAGGCUUGUGUCAGAGUGAACUUCAGAGAUCCUUAGAGAGACUAGCAGCUUCCCAAACCCGAACCCAUGAGGACCUUUACCUCAUUCCCAUCCCUAACUGUGACCAAAAUGGAAAUUUUCAUCCCAAACAGUGUCACCCAGCUUUGGAUGGGCAACGAGGGAAAUGUUGGUGUGUGGAUCGGAAAACAGGGUUGAAAUUGACAGGAAGUCUGGAAGUGAAGGAAGAUUUGGAUUGCCAUCAGCCUGUAGAUGGAGUGGAAGAGUGACCAGGCUGAUAAGUGGACAAUAAGACUUGCCUUGACAAUCUGCCAAGGAAACUUGUUGUACUUAGUGUUUGAUAAGUAGAUGCAAUGCAAACUGGGAGUUACCACAAUGCCUUUUUUUUUCCUGAGAGGGAAUAAUAGCAGUAAUGGCUGCCUCUCUCCUCAAAAUAACUGCAUUAAUCUAAACACAAUGUGGUUUAGUCAAUCCGUUUCUCUCUGCUGUUUAACUGGGUAGCUAUUUGCAUUCAUGGAUCAUUCUUCACUGACAAUGGAAAUUAUAUUCCCUGUGAAUGACCAUUGAUGACAAAAAGCCCCAUUGGCUUUAAUCUUGAGUACCUCAAUUAAGUCUUUUGAGAGUUUCCUCUGAGUAGACCUGCUCUUGUUUUUGGUAUAAACUGUUGGGGAACUUGCUCUUCUCCUACUGAGAAAGGGAAAAAGAAAAGAAAAGCUCUUUCCCACACUUUUCUUAAAGGUCCACUAAAGUCUGAGAUGGUUCAGUAGUGCCUAGACUUCUUCCAUCCUAAUAUACUUGAUCUUCUUAAUGCAAGGGAUAAAUUACAUUUAGGAUGAGAAAAAGUAUGCUUAUUUAAAAGGCCUCAUUUUCUAGCCAUGAUACACCAGUCUUCAUUCCUGGAACCGGUUUUUAUUGCUAUAGCCUUGAAACACUUUAAAGCAACAAUAUAGAUUAGAGCAUUUUUGAACAAAAUGCUCUAAUUUGUAUUAAUCAGACAAACUUUUCUCAAUCCCUUGUUUCUCCAAAUCAGAGUUUUACUUUGAAUUUAGGAUGUCCUUUCCAUAAUUUCAAGUAAAGCUUUAAUUUAAAACAAUUGUUACAAUUGUUAAUUCAUAUUCCAAAUAUGAAGGGGUACAAAAAACUCAAAUCAUAAUAUAUAAUAAUUAAAACCAUGUUUCUGCAUUCAUGCAUUUAAAAAAUCAGAAAAAAAGAUAGCUGGUAUAAUUCAGCUGAUGUUUCUAUCCUUGCUCAGUAAUUAACUAUUCAGUAUAUUUUCAAACAGUAAGAUAAUCUUUGCUGCAUAAGAUGGCAUCUUUGAAAUCUGGAAAAAUGAGAUUCUAAUCUAGGGCAUUUGGUAAAAAUAAUAAUGACUUCCAAUUUGUAGUAAUAGUGACAAAAGAACUUUUAGAAAUUGGCAUGGGAGCCGGAUUUAGCAACAUUUUCAAGGAUUGUGCUUUGGCUUAUUUGAAUAAAAUAAGGGUGUAGGAGGGAAAUCCUAAAAAUGGGCCUCUAUAUUUAUUUAAUUUACAUUGGAGAUAGGAUUCAGAUUCACCUGAUAUAGCUAUUUGCUUUCUUUUCCUUUCCUGUUAAAUGUAGAGUAAUUAUAGCCCUGGUAUUAAGAGAUGUACCCAACCCAAGACUACUUCAAAUCUGGAAACAAAAGUGAACAUGUUUAGAGUACCCAAGACUGAAUUUGUCCAUUCUAGAGUCCAAUCCGAUUUAUUAUUAAAAACAAGGCCAUUUUUUUUCUAGCUUCUUUUGAGUGUUAAAAAGUUUCUAGUUAAAGAGCAAUAAAAUUAAUGCCAUCAGACAAUCUUGCUGCAGAACAAGGAAUCCCUUCCUCAAAUGAAAUAUGUCUCGCUAGCAAGUAGAGUUUGCAACAUUGGGGGUGGGGGUGGAGGAGAUAAGAGACUCCCAGCCCCCUUGCUGGAGUUUCAUAAAAAUCUUCAGUUUGGACUGCCAAAAUUUAUUGGCAAAACCAUUAAUUUUCUAUGGGGCAAUUUCUCACAUUUUGCCUUUAAAAGGACAAGAUAGAUCACCAUGAGUGCAAAGUAAUUCAUUAUCCUUUUUUAAUUAUAUCCCCCAGAUUAGAAUGUUCUUCCUGACUAUAAAUACAUAGGUUGGUCUAACUUUCAGAUAAACAAAUUGUCAAGAAGGAGACUCUGGAGCAUGUUUUCAGAGCAUGGGGUAGCAGCACUAACUUUUGAUGAAGUCCUUUACCUUCCAAGAGUGUAAGAACUCAUUACUCAUUACAACAACCACGGGGUGUUGUUCUUUCAAAUGGAGGAAACUUCUUUUGGACCUUGUUGCCCUUAUUAAUGACUGGUUUUAGAAAGAGAACAGUUUUAAUAAGGAAUUGAAACUGUCAGCUGCAGGCUUUCUUCCUGAAAUGAUAUUAUUCUAAAUGUAGGUUCUUUUUUUAGAAUGUACUAAGACAAUAAUAUAUCAAAAGAUAGAAACAAAAACAUGAUGCAUGAACAAUAAAAAGGGAUGAAAGGACAAACAGGAAAGGAAUAAAAAGGGGGCGAAACCCAAAAUAAUUCAUAACAUGAGGAAAACAAACAUAUGGCUGAACCUUAUCUCAAUUAAUCUAUAAACAGCAACUAUCUCCUAAUAAACCUGUCAGCUUGAUAUCUAACAGAGCUAACUGGGGAAAGAGGAAUAAAUAGUAGAUCAUCUACUAUUUCCAAAUCCAGGAUGCUUGUCUUGACCAAAACAGUAUUUGGGUUUUAUUGUACGGCAAACUCUUCAUUGCCUUCAGGGUAUUUAUUAUGUGGAUUUGGGGAAUCUAAUCUUUUCUGGGAAAUGAAGGGAAGAGUAGAUUCAGAUCUACUGAAUCUGAAUCUGGCUGCAAUCCACUGUUGGAAGGUUUUGGACUUCAGUUUCAUUCUUUUCAGGUCAGUGAUAAUUGCUUGAUCCCUUUCUGGUCUACUUCAGUCCUUUAGGAGUGCAACUCCAGGAAUUCUGUAGUCAUUUUCAAGUUGCUGGGUUCCUAUUUUCAUAAUUUCCAGCCGCAUCUGGGGAGCACCAGUUUUGGAAAAACUAUAACUCCAAAUAUAGCUGAUUGGUAAACCACAGCAUUUGCCAAGGAUGAAAAUAAGUGAACUUCCAUAUACAGUGGUCCAUAACAGUGCUGUAUUAGUUAUUGCUAGCUAGCUUUAUAUUGCCUGUGAUAUUUUAUAGAGCGAGUUGUGCUACAGAUGUGGGCAAUCUUUUAACACCUGCAGGUUGCUCUAAUGUUCAUGACACUGUUCCUCAACCUUUGCAAUUUAAAGAUAUUUGACUUCAACUCCCAGAAUUCCCCAGCCACUGAAAUAAGUGGCUCAAUUGUGAAAAUUAGAAGAGGUCAUGAUUUCUUUUAUUUCCCCUUGAGGCUGCAGAGAUCGGUUUCUAUUUUCGAAAAAGAGUUGUUACAUUUGUUUGAGGGAAAGAGUAACAGUUUGGGAGUUUUUUUCUGCCUCAAAAUGGCAUGACUAGUUUUUGAGAGCUGUGGUGCAAUGGGGAUUGGUGGUUCACAAAAAAAAGGUGGGGGCCUCAGGUUGCCUAUUUCUUCUUUAUUGCUUUUCUGUAGGUACAGUGCAUUUUUAAAACUGCAGUUAUCUGAGAAUCAAGUCCAUUGAACUCAGUGGAACUAAUAUUUGAAUAGCUGUGCAUCCUAUUGCCCUAUUUCAUAUUUGCUACAUCAAACAUAGCAUCUUUCAGCACAAUCACAUACAAUGCUGAAAAAUUACACUUCUUAGGUGUCAAGAAUGAAGAAGUGAAGGUGAUUUUUUUGUUGAGAGGAGAUAUUCUCUCAGUGCCAGAAACUAAAGCUGUGUACCCUUCAAACAUGAUUCAGUUUGAACAUUAAGUAAACUCUUAAAAUAGCAGUGCAUUUUAAUAGCCGACCUCUUUAGCAGAUUAUUUGAGAAGUGCAGAAUUUAAAAUCCCAUGGAAUCCAGAGCAGUUCUUGUGAAUCCAUUUUGAAGCAGGAACAGUCUUAUUAAAUGUCUUCUGUUUCAUAUCUGGGAACAUAUAAAAUCUUCACACAACACAUGCAAUCCAGUCAAAUCUGGUAGUAUUGUAUACUUCUAUAUGGUGCCUCUCUUCAUCUUGUCAGGCUUUUGCAUACAAUAAGAGCUGUGAUUAUAUGCUAAUAUAUUGGUUGCAAUGUUUUUGUUGCUGUGAAUGUUAUUGCUCUUAAUUCUAUUUUUUUUAAAAAACAAACUUUUCAAAUGAUACAGUUGUUGUAUAUCACUUAAUUUGAGCAUUUCUGGGAAAAGCUAUUUAUAAAUGGUAAAAAUAAAAGAAAAAAUAAACCAAAAA